UCCUAUUGUUGGUUACGUGCUUUGCAUUCCAAGUAUGCAAAUCAGUUGGAGAGGCGGGAAAGUUAAACUGUGUGCAGUCAUGUAAGAGUAGUUUGAAUCAUUGACCGUUUUCAGCACGCAGCGGACAAGUCACGCUUCUAAUAUCCUCCUCGCUGGACAUGUUUUAUUGUAACCUUUCCUAGCUUAGCGACGUCGUAUAGCUGUAACUGUACAUUGGGUAAGAGCCAUAUUAUGGCGGAAUCCUCCGACGCAUUUGUUUUGGGAUCAUUACCUUCCUCUGUUAGAAAGCCUGAUAAUAACUUAUCGCCUAAUGUGGACUCAGUCCCAGUAACUAACAAUUCGGUAAAUCAUAACCCACAAGGGCAACAGUUUCAAAUCAUCAGCGCCGAUAAUAUAUCGGCCAUUAUAAAAGAGGCUGUGGGUGGAUUUAAGGAUUACGUUGACCAAGCAAUAGCUUCUCAAAAAGAAGCUACCUCUAAAGUAAUUGAAUCAGUUAAAGUGAAUUUCAAAUUCAAAGGUAACAAGCUUCAAUUUGAAUUUAACAAUUCCCAACUUGAGCGUGUCCAAACUGCGACGAAGGCGAUCAAGAAGGGAGAUAAUGCUUCCGCGAUUUUAGAGCUUCAGAAAGUAGAAGAUGAUAUCCUCAAGCGUAACAAGCUCAUUAGAAUUGCAGACAAGUCUGAAGAUGGUUGGAAGGUGGUUGAUGAGUACCUAUCGGAGGAACUCGCAAGUGAUUCCGAUGACGACAAGAAAAUCAGAGCUGCUCAAAACAGAGCAGCUUCAAAACGUAGGAAAGCGAAGAUUAACAGGUCCAAGGCUACACCCUACAAAUCCCAACGUCGGCCUCAGGAAACUUUCCCUAAUCCUGAUGCUACUUUUCGUAGCUAUAUGCAACAAGGUCGACCUCAAUUUAACCAGGUUCAUACAUCGAGACCAUUCGACUUAUGCUUCGGUUGCGGCAAGUCGGGACAUUGGAGGAGGAAUUGCCCGAAUACCAAACCCACCAAAGAAGGCACAGGCCUCUAAAGAUACCGGAUUCGCAAUACCUGAAUUAAGCGAAAGAGUCGAAAGAGAUCUGGAAUCGGAGAGGGGAGAGAUGAAUCGAUACUUGUCUUUUCAGACGCCAGCCACAUCGGGUGUGGAGCUUGGUCAGCAGAGUGUGGCGGACUCAAAUUCCAACACAUCUGGUCAGAAGAAGAGCAAGGACAUUGACUUCAAAGACACACUCACGAGAGUUUUAGAAGCUUCCCGGGCAGAGAGCACGGUCAAGAAAUAUAAACGUGCAGUAGAAGCAUGGAAUGCGUGGUGUAGAAACAGUGGCACGUCAUGUCAAGACUUAUGUCAAGAAAGCAUUGCAAGUCUUGACUUAGAGAGAGCAGAGAAAAUGUCUUGUCCCUGCAGCUGAAGUACGGUGCCUCUCAAGGUAAUAUAAUUCUAAUUUAUUAAUUAUAUAAUGUAUGUUUCUUUUGCAAAGAAAGAGGCUCAAUAGGAAAAUAUUUAUUUCCGGUUGAGCUAGCGAAUUAGGAAAUAAUGAUGUUUCCUAUUGUUGGUUACGUGCUUUGCAUUCCAAGUAUGCAAAUCAGUUGGAGAGGCGGGAAAGUUAAACUGUGUGCAGUCAUGUAAGAGUAGUUUGAAUCAUUGACCGUUUUCAGCACGCAGCGGACAAGUCACGCUUCUAAAAA